AUGUUUGAUUUCUUUCGAAAAACGAAUUUUCAGGACUUUCUGCUGGAUGCAUUGAAUCUAGGGCACUAUGAUCUGCAAGGAUACAGGCUCGAUGCUUUGAGAAAUUCUUGCGAUAGCUUUUGGUUAUCGUUAGGCGAAAGUGAUGAAGAGCGCGACAAAAAUUUCAACAUCCUUCUUGAGCAGAAGUCAUACUGGAGUAGUCAAAUUGGAAUCUGCAUUUCCGAAGCGCUCGAAGACAUAAGAUACUAUCGUCUUCAUGAAGGAAAACUGAUUCUUGCAAAGAAGGUCGGAAGAGAAGAUAAAGCGCGAACGUUGAAACAGGAUUGGAGAAGAAUGGCGUUGCACAUGAGGGAAGUAUAG